CUAAAUCCUGAAACCCUAAGUAUUCAAUUCGUAAUCAAUUAUCAAUAAUUUUGUUAAAAAUGUGGAAUCAACAACCGUUUUUGAAACCUGAUAUUGAAUCUGGAUCGGAUGACCCGUUAUAUCCGAUGAUGGCGGAGUCGCCGGAGCUCCGGUGGUCGUUUAUUCGGAAGAUUUACUCGAUUGUUGCCGUGCAGUUGCUGUUAACGGCUGCUGUUGGUGCCAUUGUUGUUACGUAUCAUCCGAUCGUGACGUUUUUGACCACCACCAACGGUGGAUUUGCUUGUUAUAUCCUCCUGAUUAUCGCUCCGUUUAUAACUUUGUGCCCCUUGUCUUACUAUUAUCAGCGGCAUCCAGUGAACUAUCUACUUCUAGGGAUCUUUACCAUCUCUCUUGCUUUUGCAGUUGGUUUGACAUGUGCAUUCACUAAUGGAAAAGUCAUUUUGGAAGCAGUUAUAUUGACAGCUGUGGUGGUUGUGAGUCUCACUCUGUUCACAUUUUGGGCUGCAAAGAGAGGUUAUGACUUCAAUUUCUUGGGGCCAUUUUUGUUUGGUGCUGUUAUGGUGCUUGUCGUCUUUUCCUUCAUUCAGGUUUUCUUUCCUCUCGGCGAAACUUCAGUAAUGAUAUACGGAGGUUUAUCAGCAUUAGUCUUCUGUGGCUACAUUGUCUAUGACACCGACAAUCUAAUCAAACGAUACACCUAUGACGAGUACAUAUGGGCAGCCGUGGCUCUAUACUUAGACAUCAUCAAUCUUUUUAUAUCGUUGCUUACCAUUUUACGCGCUGCUGAUAAUUAAUGCAGUCAAGGUUCAAGGCCUUUACAACUGUUCGUGCUAGUUUGGCUAGUGGUACAUUUUUGUUUGUUGUGACAUGUUGGGUCAAAUGUGUAGAUUGUUGAGAGUCAACACUUUUUUUAUAUUGUUAUUUUAUAAAUAAUAAUAAUAUGUCAAA